AGUGGGCACGGCACUAAAUAAGGCUGGCCGGGGCGAGGGGGUGCUGGGGCAGCCCAGGGGAUGUCCCGCAGGGGCAGUGGCACAAGCAGGGUCGGGACCCGGUGUGCAGGGUGCAGGGUAUGGGCGUGCCGGGGUACGGGGACCCCGCAGUGCCAGGCGCCGCGGUGAGGGACUGCUGUGGCUGCGGGCAGGGGGCCGCGGGGCGCUGCCCAGGCAGGGGACAAGGGGAGCAGUGACCGGCGGGGGCCAGGGACCGCGGCCAGAGCCGCCCUGAGCCGUGCCGUGCCGUGCCGGCCCCGCCGCAGCGAUCCGGGUUCCCGGCGGAGGCGGAGCCGUGCAGGGAGGAUCCCGGGCCGAGCCGCGGCGGAGCGGCCAUCGCUCGGCACCGCCUGUCUCGGGGCAGCACGGUACGGGCCGGUCCCGCACCCAACGCGGCUGCACCGGGCAGGGGGCGUGGGAGCGGGGCCAGGGGGUGUCGCGGGGCCGGCGCCGGCCGGGCCGUGGUGGGCGGCAGCCCUUGGCCCCCAGCCCAUCCCGCCGCCUUGGGGCGGCCGGGCCUGACGCGCUGCCCGGCCCAGGCGGGAUGGCCGCCCGCAUCCUGCACCGCCUGCGGCACGCACUGGCCGGGGAAGGUGGCCGGGAGGAGCGGGUGCGCGGUGGCUGCGAGGCCGAGGACUUCCCGGAGAGCUCAGAGCUGGAGGACGACACGGAGGGGCUGUCAACGCGCCUCAGUGGCACCCUGAGCUUCACCAGCCACGAGGAAGAGGAGGAGGAGGAGGAGGAAGGCGCUGGAGAGGAGCUGGGAGAGCCGCCGCAGGCCAUGGGGGCGGCAGCCGGUGCGGAGGAUGGAGAGUGGGGCCCUGCAGCCGAGCGUGCUGGCGGCAGCCUGCUGACCCGGCAGCUGCAGGAGCUGUGGAGGAAGUCGCGGGGCAGCCUGGCUCCGCAGCGGCUGCUCUUCGAGGUCACCAGCGCCAGCGUGGUCAGCGAGCGCUCCUCCAAGUACGUGCUCUACACCAUCUACUUGAUCCGCUCCGGCCGGUUUGACAAGGCCCCUGCCGCCAUCGCCCGGCGCUACUCGGACUUUGAGCAGCUGAACCGCCGCCUGCGCUGCCGCUUCGGCUGUGACAUGGCUGGCAUCACCUUCCCCAGGAAGAGGCUGCGCCGGAACUUCACCGCUGAGACCAUUGCCAAGCGGAGCCGAGCCUUUGAGCAGUUCCUGUCCCACCUGCACUCCAUUGCCGAGAUCCGCCGCUCCCCCGAGUUCCUUGAGUUCUUCUUCCUGCAGGACCUGCAAGCCGCACAGCGCCUGACCUGCACUGGCAUGUACCGCGAGGCCCUGGCCACCUGGGCCAAUGCCUACCGGCUGCAGGACCGGCUGGGGGUGUGCGGCUCCGGCCGCUUCCUCCUGACACUGGCUGGGCUGGCCGUCUGCCACCAGGAGCUGGAUGAGCUUGGUGAGGCCCAUGGCUGCUGCGAGCAGGCGCUGCAGCUGCUGGAGGCCCAAGGCAGCCACCCAUUGCUGGGGCCCUUCCUGCAAGCUCACGUCCACCUGGCCUGGAAAGUGGGCAAGGACAAGCGGCGUUCAGAGGCUCGGCUGCAGGACCUGCGGGAGGCUGGGCCACCCCUGCAGCAGCAGCCCACCCUGAAGGAAUGCCUGAUCAAGGAGCCUCUGGAGUAAGCAUCCCACCACCGGUGCCCCCACGGUGACAGGAGGGCAAGGGGCCCAGGGUGGCUAGAGCAGCAAGGGUGAUGCCAUCGCUGGGAUGGAGCACAGAGGCAGCACUGCGUGUCUAUGGAUGGCACAGCCCAGGCCCAGGAGCUGUCUCAAAAAUGCACUUUCUUUGUGGUUAGUCUGUCCUGUGGGGCCGGGCACUCGUGGGUGCUUGUCACCCACUGCCAGGAGCUGGCUCUCCCUCUGCGGGGGGGGUUCUAGUGUGGAUGGGACGGAGUUUAGCUGGGAUGUACUAGCACUGCAUAAGGAAACGGGAAGGCUUCUGGCAGGGUCUGUGGCUCUUGCCAGAAGCUUCCCAUAAAACUUAUGUAAUAAAAAGGACUUUAUUGAAUAAAGUCUCAGUAGGAAGAAGA